AUGCAAUUUGCAGAUAUCCUGCGUGCCUUCAGGUCAGAAAAAGUAACAGAGAUACCUUUUGCUAUGGCCUUUUGCAAACGGAUUAAGACCAACACAUUUUGUGGGGUGGAAGAAACCUUGUUUCCUUUCCCUGUGCCCGCAGCGGACGUGUGCGACUCCAACCCGUGCCAGAACGGCGGCAUCUGCCUCUCAGGGCUCAACGACAACUUCUACUCCUGCGAGUGUCCCCAGGGCUUCACGGACCCCAACUGCUCCAGCCUUGUGGAGGUUGCCUCCAUUGAAGAGGACCCAACUUCAGCAGGACCCUGCCUUCCCAAUCCAUGCCAUAAUGGUGGGACGUGUGAAAUUAGUGAAGCAUACCGAGGCGACACGUUCAUAGGCUAUGUUUGUAAAUGUCCGCAGGGAUUUAAUGGGAUUCACUGCCAGCACAAUGUGAAUGAAUGUGAAGCUGAGCCCUGCAGGAACGGUGGGAUCUGUACAGAUCUUGUUGCCAACUAUUCCUGUGAAUGCCCAGGUGAAUUUAUGGGAAGGAACUGCCAACAGAGGUGCUCUGGCCCUCUGGGGAUAGAAGGAGGGAUUGUGUCCAACCAACAAAUCACUGCAUCAUCCACCCACAGAGCUCUUUUUGGACUCCAGAAGUGGUACCCCUACUAUGCACGGCUUAAUAAGAAGGGUCUUGUGAACGCCUGGACUGCUGCAGAAAAUGACAGAUGGCCAUGGAUUCAGAUAAACCUCCAGAAGAAGAUGCGAGUCACUGGAGUUAUAACCCAAGGUGCCAAGAGGAUUGGAAGUCCAGAAUAUGUAAAAUCUUAUAAAAUUGCCUACAGUAAUGAUGGGAAGUCAUGGACAAUGUACAAAGUAAAAGGCACAAAGGAAGACAUGGUGUUCCGCGGGAACGUGGACAACAACACGCCGUACGCCAGCUCCUUCACGCCGCCCAUCGAGGCGCAGUACGUCCGGCUGUACCCCCAGGUGUGCAGGAGGCACUGCACCCUCAGGAUGGAGCUGCUGGGCUGCGAGCUCACAGGUUGCUCUGAGCCCCUGGGGAUGAAAUCAGGACACAUCCAGGACUUCCAGAUCACUGCCUCCAGCGUGUUCCGUACCCUCAACAUGGACAUGUUCGCCUGGGAGCCCAGGAAAGCCCGGCUGGACAAGCAAGGCAAGGUCAAUGCCUGGACCUCUGGCCACAAUGACCAGUCUCAGUGGUUGCAGAUUGACCUGCUCAUCCCUACGAAGAUCACUGGGAUAAUCACCCAAGGAGCUAAAGAUUUUGGCCACGUCCAGUUUGUGGGGUCCUACAAGCUUGCUUACAGCAACGAUGGGGAGCACUGGAAAAUAUACCAGGAUGAGAAGCAGAAGAAGGACAAGGUGUUCCAGGGGAACUUUGACAACGACACGCACCGCAAGAACGUCAUCGAGCCGCCCAUCUACGCGCGGCACCUGCGCAUCCUGCCCUGGUCGUGGUACGGCCGCAUCACCCUGCGCUCCGAGCUGCUGGGCUGCGCCGCCGAGGACUGAGCCCUGCUCCUGCUGCACGGCAAGCCUCUAGGAUGCUGGGUGGGGCUUUCCUUUCCCAUGAAACAGUGCUCGCUCAUUUUUAUGGUAGGCCGCUAGCUGUCUUUCGCCAGGAGGUCUAAGCCUGCCCUUUUAAAACGAUCCGAUCCAAGUUUGGUUUGUUGGUUUGGUUUUUGUUUUGGGGUUUUUUUUGGUUUUUUUGUUUUUUUUUUUUUGCCCUUGAAAUCUUGUUGGUGUUGUCCCUUCUGCUGUGGAAUUAAUCCUCCUAGCUCUCCUUUGAGUUGUUCACCACCGGUUGAAAAGUGUUGAGGGAAAAGAGAAAAAGGAAAAAAAAAAAAAAACCCAACAAGAAACAGCAGCAUCCUUUUUACAAGGGGAAGAGGAAUAGUGUGAGGAAGCUCAUUUGCAGCUUCAGGAACAUUGGGCUGACGAGUUCUCCAUAAAUCAUACCGUCAUCUCACUUGCAAAAAGUGAUACUGCAGCUUUUAGCAAUAAGUUUACUUGGGGAUGACUGCAUUAUAGUAAUUGUGCCUAUCAAACACUGUCAGUUCUUAUGACAUAUAUUUUGGGAAAUUCUCCGUGGUACUGUGAAGCACAGUACCUGUGAUGUUACGAGCUACCUUUCACCACUUUCAUCCAGACAGCAGAGUCCAAGCACCUGGAGGGUUUUCCUAUCUGCCCCAUUUUCCUUCUCUAUUCUGCAUGCUGUGGAACACGGCCUCCAUCUUUUCUGUUUAGUAUCACACUGCUGGUGUUGUUUUCCUUGGGAGAUGUCACCUGCUUGCAUAUGUAACCAAAUCAGUGUUUUAUGAAGCUAAUGAAUUUGCCAAAGUUUAUGCAUUUGCAAAGUUUGUGCGCUUUUUUCACGGAGAUUAAGGUGAGGCACCAGAGUACCUGUGGUGUCUCACCUUGGAUGCUGGCACGGUGCAUCACAAAUCCCAUUCCAGCAUUGUUUGUCCAGGGGUGAGCACACAGCCCUGGACUGUGAUCUGCCCACCCCGUUACUGCUUUCAGAAACGCUCUGAAUUCCUUUGAGGAGGAAAAUGUGGGGUGAAGGAACCAGGUGCUAAAAGACACGCAGGAGGAACAGCCCCCUUACUGCCAGGAAACCCUCUCUCUCUUUAGGCUCUUCCUAAAGUCACAGCUUUCCUCUCCAAGAGGUAAGAGGUGAUGUAGGGAGCGCACCACAGCCUGGACCUUGUCACCCUCUGCUCCUAAAAAAAAACUCUUUUCAGGCACACACCAGUGAGCCACGAGGAGGCUGUUUCCUGUCAUGCCCCAUCUCCAGGAAUGCUUCACACACAGCGUGAUAGCACCCCCAGUUUAAAAACUAGCUUAUAGGAGGAAAAGUGGAGUAGUAAGAGGGGACAUUCUCUCCCGUGCCUCAGUUUCCCCUGCUGAUUGGGAUACCAGUACCAACCUUUGAAGAGCAGUCCAAGCUCCCUUGGAGUAAAGUGCUCUGUGACCACGUUAGAGCAGCACCUCAGUCUAAAAAAGAUCCUGGGACAGGGAGUGAGGGGACAUUUUAUGUUACCUGAAACAACAGCACUUGGGAUUACUGCCAACCUUUUCAUUUCACAACAUGUUGACGUGGAGAGAAAGAGAGAAUGAGAGAGAGAGAGAGAGAGAGAAAUGCAGCUGCAUGUUUUAAAAAACAUCACUGAACUUAUACUUUCUGUCACUGUUCCAUUCUCACCAAAACUCUGAAGUAUGAACUUGGGCACUGCUUCCCAGGCCAGCAGCUAGCUGGCCCACAAUCUGCAAAGGGCAAAGUUUACCUUGGAAACAAAAUGGUUUGGAUUUCAAAAAAACCUGCAUUUAAUCACACAUUCUCCACCACAGACUAAAUAUAUAUUAUCCAUUGAACUGUGAAAGACUCUAGAAUAGCAGCCAGGAAUUUUACAUACAAGAAUUGGGGAUAUAAUGGUGGCGGUUUUCUGAUAGUGUCACUUAAACUGUCACAUUUUAGCAAACAGAACACCCUGCCUCUACAAAAUGACUUAAUCCUUAAACUGUAUUUAUACAAGUAUUUAUUUUAUAAGGCUUAGACAUUUAAAGACUUCUAAAGAAGAGUCCUGUAAAGGUAAAAGUAUGUGUAAGAAAUGUUGAGGUCCUGUGCAACACUGCUAAGUUUGUUCUUUAUUUUUUACUUUGUGCUGCAUAACAAAAGCCACUAGACUGUUACUGUCUUGUCUGUAACUGUGUUAACAGCAUUCCUUAAUGAUGUAUAUAUGGAGUGGUCUUCAAGCAAAAGGAGCAAUUUUAAAGAGAAAGUCAAUCACUUUGGUGGUACUUCUAA